AUGGCGUCYGAAGAAGCAUUGAGACUUGCUCCGUCAAGGCUCGACGACUCAGAUGUUGAAGUUGAUGAAAMUUUAUUGAGUUCUAGCGAUAAUGAGAGUGAAGAUGAAGAGUCCAAGCACUCAAAUAUCAAAAAGGUUAUUGACACUUUGGACAAAGUCUCAACCAAAAGGAGAAAGCACCAAAGAUUUGAACCCAGUUUGAACGUAUCAGAGUAUAACCUCAGCACUAGUGCAGAAAAUGACAAAGUAGAACUGAAUGACCUUAUUGGCUCACUGAAAAAAGAUGGCGGUUAUGGAAAUCUUAAGAAAAAGCUGGAAAGCAUGGAGAAGAAUGCUGGAACGUUGGAUGUUCCUCUCAAUAAACCAGAGGCUGAAAAAAUCCAAAGAACUGUUGCAUUUGAUGAAACAUCCAAAGAAGUAGGAAAGUGGCAGCCAAUUGUGAAGAAGAACAGAGAGGCUGAACAUUUAUCUUUUCCUCUUAAUCAUCAACAAAUUUCAGCUGUUUCCACUAAAACACUCACUGCAAAUUUUAAGCCUAGAACACCACUGGAGGAAGAAAUUGCUGCUGUGUUGAAGGGCAGUUCUCAUAUGAUGGAAAGAACAAACAAAGAAUUGACAGAAGAAGAAGAACAAGCCUUACUCACCAUGAGUGUGGAAGAGGCAAAAGAAAGACGAAAAGAGCUCCAGAGAUUACGAGCCCUGCAGUCCUACUAUGAAGAGAAGUGCCGUAGAGCCAAGAAGAUCAAAAGCAAAAAGUAUCAUCGUAUUAAGAAAAAAGGAGAAAAACGUUCUGCUGAGAAACAUCUUGAAGACCUAGAGAAAACAGACCCAGAGAAAGCUCUAGAAGAAUUAGAAAAACUUGAAAGAGAAAGAGCAAAGGAAAGACUCUCUUUGAAACAUCGCUCAACUUCCAAGUGGGCCAAGAACUUGCUUAUUAGAGGACAAAAUAAUCCAGAGGCUAAAAAAGCUCUACAGGAACAGCUUGACCUUAGCAGAAAACUGACAGAAAAACAGAGAGAAAUGUCAGAAAGUGAAGAGGAGGAAGAAAGUGGGGUUUUACCGGAAGACGACGACGAAUCAAAUACUUUUGGCAGACUUGUAGCCGAGGCGGACAAUCCAUGGAGUAUAGAUAAAACUGGAGAUGUAACAGCUUUAGAUGAUAAUGAGAAGAAAACAAAUGAGUUGUCUGGAUUCAAGCUUGCUGAACCAAUCAUCAAUAAGGAAUCAGUUUAUAUUGAUAACAAUAAUGAAAACAGUGACACUGAGGCACCAGAGGACGACUUUGAAAUCACUUUAUCAAAAAAUACAAAACCAACAAAAUCGACGAAAAAGAAACGAAAACAGAAAACUUCAAAUGAAGUUCAUGAAUCGGAAAUUUCAAAAACGAAUGAGAAAGCCAAAAAAGGCAAAGAUAAAAUUAAGAAAAAAACAAAGAAGAAAAAACACGAGGGAAAUGAYGAAGAAAAUGACGAAACUGAAUUCCACGAAAUAGAAGGUAAUAACCAAAAUCUGGGAGAUAACUCGACACCAAACAAAACCGCAACAGCGGAAUCAGCGAAAUCAGCAAAACCCAAAAAAUCAGCAAAACCAACUUCAUCUAUUUUGGAUCCCAAAAAGAUUUUUCCYCAUGAAGAUGGCAAUCUCCAAAGUGAUGACGCUGACCAGCUCAUGACGAUACAGCAGGCGUUUGCAAAUGAUGACGUCAUUGAGGAGUUUGUCCGAGAAAAAGAGGACGCAGUGGAGUUGUCUAAAGGAAAAGACCUCGAUCUGACGCUACCUGGCUGGGGGGAAUGGGGAGGACCYGGUGUAAAGGUUUCUGUGAAAAAGAAAAAUAAAUUUGUYAAGAAAGCUGAAGAAAAGUCGUCAAGAAAAGACAAAGACUUAGCYCAUGUUAUUAUCAAUGAAGAAGUAAAUAAGAAGUUUGCCAAGAUACAAGUUAAAAAUGUACCACAUCCUUACAUGAACCCAAACCAGUUUGAAAAAAGCAUCAGAAA